GUGAUUAAUCAUUGUUUUGGUUAAAAAGCAAGGCUACAAAAAAAAGAAGAAGAUUAAUCAUUUUGGUUCAGUUUGAGAUAAAUGAGAAUGUAGGCUUUCGGUGAAUUUGGACUCUAGUCCUAAAUCUUCACUGUGGGUAUAAGUUUUGAAAUUUGAAUACUCAAUGAAUCUGCCAGAAAAACUUUGUAACGAAGUCAUAAGGAAUAUAAUUGCGAACACUUCUUGAUCUUAGUGGAAGUCUCCUCUGUUUGGCCACUGAAACUUAACGAACGAAAAUUAUCAGAACUUGCCGAAAUCCAUCAAAACAUACCGAAAUUUACUUGUAACGCCCGACCCUACAGGUUCCACGAGUUUGAGCUUGGCAACUGUCACCCAAUUAGUGAACGUCACGUGGCAUUCCACUACUGGCAAAUGAUGAGCACUCAAUUAGAGAGAGAAAAGCUUACUUUUCGUGGACUUAGUCAGAGAAAGCUGGUUUUUAAGGUGAUGAUAUCAAUCAUUGUAAUUUUUUUCUGAUAUUUACACGAAAGGGGAAUAUUCAUUCCCUGGUACGCCACGUCAUACAUAGCCGUUGGGACUCAUCCACCUCCCAUGACCUGGUUUCUCAUUUGAAUGCUUUCACUGUGACCGUUAUUCAUCCUCUGCAAUUCAAAAGUUUUCUCUCUCCCCAUUGCUUUUCUUCACCAGCUCCCUUUCUCUCUCUCUCUCUCUCUCUCUCUCGCUCUCUCUCUCUCUCUCUCUCCCCAUUUAAACACCAUUUACUUCCUCUCUCUGGGUUUCUUCCCAUGCUCUCUGCACAAGUGCUUCCUGAAGAAGCUAUGACGAGCAAUAUUUUGAAAUUCUCGGAUGAAGAAAUGAUGGUUGAUGAAGGCCUUGGUUACCCAAGGGCCUACGGAAAGCUCUGUAAAUAUCCGCAUCUCGUCAAUCCUUAUAGCCAAGGACCUCCAUCGACAUACAUUCCGUAUAUUCUACACCCUCAAGAUGUUUUGAGAGCAAGGGAGUUGAACCAGAUGUUUCCCGUGGUUGAAACAGAAGGAAAGGCUGCUGUCAAUGCAAAGAGAUAUGCUGAUCUUCUAUGGAAACGACUUGAUCAUCUAGGGAAUGCAGGCUUCGAUCCAACAAAGUUCAGAGUUGAUCCAUAUGGGAAUGUUCUGUUCUAUCAUGCUGAUCCAGCUUCUCCUCUAGCUUGGGAAAUUGACCACUGGUUUCCAAUUUCUAGGGGAGGAAAGACUGUUACAAGCAAUUUGAGGCUUCUGCAAUGGCAGGUGUGCCAGAAGAAGAAUAACAAGCUUGAAUUUCUGAUGCCAUGGUGGGAUCUACAAUUGGGCAUUUCAGUAGACCAGUUCCUUUCAGUGUUUGCUUCAAGAAAUUCAGAUUUCAGGCAAAGAGCUUUUUAUUUGCUUUUCUCUGAUGGGGAAAACGAGCAGUACGAUGUAUCAGAGAUUAUUCAGUGCCAUUCUUUCCCACAACAUUUCAAGGAGAAGAAACGUCAAGUGGGUCUUGCUCCAGCUGCCAUUGUUCAUUCAGGAAGAGACCCAAACUUCUCAGUUCUGAAAUCUCUUGAUAUCAACCGAACCCCAAGACCGAACACCUCUGCAAUUGCUUUGUCCUCGCCAGCAAGAAAUGGCUUGGUUGAGGAAGAUGAAACUCUCUGUAAAGCUAUUCAGAGAUUUGGGCCUCAUGCUUUGAAGGAAAAUGAUCUCCCUGAUAACAACAGAGAAAGACACAUGACCAUGUUCACUGAUAUUCAGAAGCAGAAGGAAGAGGUGGCAAAGAAGCAAGCUGAGAUUCUUAAAUUGGAUGAGGAAUUGAUUGAACUAAAAGAGAAGAAUGACGCAGAGAGAACAGCUCUCCAAGACCUGGAAUGUGUUCUGAUAAGGAGGAGACGAAGGGUUGAGAAGUGUAGGAGAUUAGCAGAGGCACAGUCAUCUUACAGAGCCGUUCUCGAGAAGAUGAUACGAGAUGCCAUGCACCAGAGUAUCGUUUACAAGGAGCAGUCCAGGUUGAACCAGGCUGCCGCAAAUGCACUUAGAGCCAGACUAGAAGCUCAGAAAGCCAUCUGUGAUUCCUCUGAGAAAGAGCUCCACAGGCUCUUCAAACAGCGAGAAGAAAUCGAAAACCAGAUCAAACCAGACAUGGAAAAAGCUCGAAAGAGAUCGAGAAAGGAUGAUCCCUCCAUUAAUGAAAGCCCCCAUAAACCUAUUCUCUCUUUACCAGAAGCUCCACGAAGAAAGACGUUACAGAAACAACUGAGAAUCUUCUUAGCCGAGGAACAGAAGGCCUCUCAAGAAGGUCUCCCUCAAGGGUUUAAGCCAGAACAAUUGGAUGAAUAUGAUAAUAAGUCGGCUAUGGAGAUUUCAAAUAAAAAAGCAAAUUUAGAAAUCUCAGAGAUUGAAGAAGAGGAAGAAUUGGAAAACAAGCUUAAGAGUUUGGCUAUUAAAGAGAAUUGCAAAAGUAGAAGCAUGAAAGAGAAUAACCAGAAGAGUCGUUGGGUGUCGGAAGAAGAAGAGGCUGAAGAGAGAAAGAGGACCGGUAGAGGUCAUAUAGAGAGAUGGCUCCAAAUUUUGCUCGAGAACACGGAAGAAGGUUCACUUUCAGAUGCCACUGAAGCACCCCAAAAGUCAAACGAAGCUGAGGAGUCUCACAAAGAUACACAAAAACCAGAAAAUGAAUUGGCUUCUGAUCAAAAUCAUAAUUUAGCUCCAUUAUCCGUGGGGGAGAGCAGUUCGGCCAGAGAGAAGAUAAAGGAAACAGACGAAUCACUACUUAUUGGCCUGAAACUGAUUUGUAAUGAUUUGGAGCAACAGGUAGAGGAUAAAGAAGGAAAGGGAGAUGGAAUGAAAAGAGAGAAAGAUGGUUCGGAGGGGAAGAAUUUAGAAAAAGGUGGAAGAGAAUUAAUUGUGAAUGGUAGGACAAGUCUAGAGAGAGAUAGUGGGGCAUCAGUUGAAUGUAGGAAGAGUUUAGAGAGGUGUGGUGGGGGAGAGAUUGUGGAGAGUAUGAAGAAUUCAGAGAGAGGUGGGGGUGAAGCGGUGGGGAAAUAUAAUAAGGGGUUUGGGAGCAGUAGCAGGAGCUUUGGUGGGAGAGAGAAAGGAGCAGGAGACAGAAACGGGUUGGGGAGGAGUGAGAGUGCACGGAUUUUUGGACAUAUUCCUCCAUCUCCUUCUGCAAUUUGGGGGAUGAGGAAAGGGGUAGAUUGUAUAGGGAAGAAGCCUACGGUGGUUGGAAGUGAUGAUGAUGACAAUGCAGUGAUAACUGGCACCACCAUUAAAGCAUCCAUCAAGCAAUGCACUCAAGCAAUCAAGAAGGCAGUGAAAAAGUGAAGGUGAUUCGUUCUUAUUUGGCUAAGCAAUGUGCUUAAGCAAAUAAGAAUGUGGUGAAACAGUGGAGUUCUUAUUUGGCUUAAACAAGCAACGCAUUCUAGAGGUCGUUCUCUUAUGCCAUGUUAUAUUCUAGCUCAGAAUAUGUGAAAAGGUUGUUUUUCUUAAUAUUUGAGUAGGUGGGGGGUGUUUGUGUUGAUUGUUCCUCCAUUUUAUUUUUAUGUUUUUAAAUUUCUGCAGUAUUACUUGGAUUUGUAGAUAUGGACUUAUUGAUUUUAAUAAGAUCUGUUGUGUUGUUUC